AUGUCCCCUUAUCAGUUGGUCUAUGGUAAAACUUGUCACUUGCCAGUUGAGCUGGAGCAUAAAGCUUACUGGGCAAUCAGGUAUAUGAACCUUGAUGUAGAGGCUGCAGGAAUUAAGAGAAUGCUUCAGUUGAAUGAGCUUGAUGAAUUCAGAUAUUCACCCUAUGAGAAUGCCAAGCUCUCUGAGGAGAGGACCAAGAUAUGGCAUGACAAGAAGAUGGCCAUCAGCGUUUUUGAGCCAGGUCAGAAAGUGAUUCUAUAUAAUUCAAGGCUCAAACUCUAUCCCGGGAAGCUGAAAUGCCGGUGGUCAGUGUAA